CUGGGGGUGGUGGAAGGCGAGACAAAGAACGAAAGUGAAACGACGAGAAAGAUGCAAUCGUAACGAACUACGUAUAAAGAAGGCCCGAUAGUCAGACAUGCGACAUUUUUUCAUUGUUCAUCGACAAACGAUCACCGAAACCGGAACAGACCAUGGUAUCGCGCCACGUUUCCGCCACGUUUCUCGCCUCUCUCGUAUUUUUCGCCGCCUUUGUCAAUUGUGUCUCCAAGGAAUAUAAUAAUUUUGCUGAUGUCCCUUGCGGCCAAGGAAAUAUUGGCAUACGCACGGCGAGACUAGUCGGGGGACAAAACGCGAUACCGCACGAGUUUCCUUGGAUGGUGAGCAUCAGCAGAAAAGGAGGACACUUCUGCGGUGGUACCAUACUUAAUUCAAAAUAUGUCCUGACUGCGGCCCAUUGUCUAUGUUCAGCCACCUCUGUAAUUCCGACCAGUCAAUUACGGAUCAGCCUUGGUGAAUAUAAUCUAAAAGGACCGGAAGUUCCAGCAUCGAAAGAAGAAAGAGUGGUGAACGCUAUUCUACAUCCUGGUCAUAAGUGCGGAAAAUACAUGGACGAUAUCGCUCUUCUAGAACUUGCAAGGCCGAUCAUUUGGUCGGAGAGCGUGAAACCUGCCUGUUUACCUGUGGCCACAGGAAAACCAGGGUAUAGUGCUUUCAACGGAGAACUCGCCAAGGCCGCUGGAUGGGGAUGGUUCGGCGAAGACAGAUCCAAAUAUAAACGAGCAGAUGUAUUACAAAAAGUGGAAGUUCGCGUGAUCGAGAACAAUAUAUGUCGUGAAUGGUAUGCCAGUCAAGGAAAGUCAACCCGUGUAGAAUCAAAGCAAAUGUGUGCCGGCCACGAAGAAGGUGGUCGCGAUUCUUGUUGGGGUGAUAGUGGUGGACCGCUGAUGAUCGCAAGUCAUCUUAAUGGUAAUGUAAUGGUUGUAGGAAUAGUUUCAUCCGGAGUAGGAUGUGCACGGCCACGACUUCCGGGCGUAUAUACUCGAGUUUCAGAAUAUAUAUCUUGGAUUACGCAACAUAUCUUAUGAUGAAGUAAAAUCUAAAAUUUCAUUUACUUAUAUUUCAUUUACUUUAAUACUUUACUUUUUAGAAGCUUCACUUCACUUUACAAAAUUUGAAUCUAUAUAGACUUCGAAAAAAUUUUUUCUUUAAAUAUUUAAAAACUCAUAAAAAAAAAGAAUUAUAGGUCUAAUGAAGAAUUCUUUUUUUGUUUUUUUUUUUUUUUUUGUGAAAAAUUUUAAAAAUCAAUUAAAUUCCAAUAUAUGUUUCAAUUAAUAAUAAAUUAUAACUUAAUACUAUUGCAAUAAAAAGUUUGCUAA